GCCCUACCUGCGUCCCCUGUGUCGAGGGACGGCAGCGGGCUACCCCUCACUCCUCCCAGUUUCCUCCGACAGAGGCCCCGCUGCAGACGCUUCACAUGGACGUGUGGGGCCCGGCCCGCGUCCGUGGACAGGGUCACGAGCGCUACUUCCUGCUGGUGGUUGA